GGGGAAGGAAUUAUUUUUAGCAGAAAUUUUUUGAAGCAGCAAGAGAAUUAAUGACAACUACGGUAGAUCUUUCGUAGGAACAAUAUUUUAUUGCUAUUUUUUGUUUUCAAUAUUUUCAAAAUUCCAUCUGAAAAUUUUAAAAUUAAAUUAAGUGUCAAUUUUAAAUUAAAAUUUACUCUGCUUUCUACAAAAAUUCUGCUUUACUUCAAUAAACGAAUGUGAAGGCUGCAUCUUUCUUCGUCCCGAAGUGAACCAGUACAAAUUCAACCCAGCAUGCAAAUACCCCCUCUUCUCUCUCUCUCUCUCUCUUCCAGAGUGAAACAGGACAAGCUCACGUGAUCCCACUGCGUUAAAUCAGGGAAAGCUAAGGACCCGUUUCUACAGAUCCGCUUGUUUCUGCAGCACAACAAAGAAGAUGGGGUUGGGUCGGUGCAUGUGAAGUAAAUGUUUGCAGCUGGUGCAACCAUGGGCGUCCUCCAUUCUGUUCGAUCUUUGUGUUUUUUUCUCCUGCUUGUCUUCAAUACCUGCUCUGCAAGCGUCCAAAUUGGUCAAAUUCAUCCUGGAUUCACAGGGUCUCAGAUGGAUUAUAAUAAUACUUGUGGAUUAUUUUUGCAAUCCAGCAAUUCAACAUUUGCAUUGGGUUUCUUUCCUGCCCUGGACAUCGGAUCAUUUGUUCUAGUUGUUCUUCACGUUCAGAGAAAUAGACCAGUUUGGACUGCCAAUAGAGGUUCAUUGGUUCGAAAUUCUGAUAAAUUUGUCUUUGACAAGAAUGGAAAUGUUUACUUAGAGAAUAACGACGGUAAAGCUUGGUCUACACAUACAGAGGGAAAGGGAGCUACAGCCAUGGAAUUGCGGGAUACUGGAAAUUUGGUGUUGCUGGACAACAAUAGAAAAAUUUUGUGGCAAAGCUUCAGCCAUCCUACUGAUACCCUGUUACCUGACCAGUUCUUGUUAGAAGGAAUGCAACUCAGAAGUUUUCCUAAGCACAGCAACUUGUUUCAUUUUCUUGAAAUCAAGUCUGGCGACAUGAUUUUGUCUGCAGGAUAUCAAACUCCACAAAUUUACUGGUCCAUGGCAAAUGAUAGCCGCAAAAAAAUCCUCAAGGAAGCUAGUGGUAAGAGGAUCUCAUCUGCAUCGCUGGUGUCCAAUUCUUGGGAUUUCUAUGAUCAAAAUGGCGUACGAGUUUGGCAGUUUGUGUUCUCAGAAGAAUCUGAUACAAAUGCCAUAUGGGCUGCAAUUUUAGGCGCUGAUGGGUCAAUUUCAUUUCUUAAUCUGCAAAAUGGAAAAUGGGGUGGUGCUGAGUCGGCUAAGAUUCCACACAAUCCUUGUGGAAUUCCUGAAUCUUGUCAACCAUAUGAAGUAUGCAGCUUUGAAAAUCGGUGUCAAUGUCCUUCUCCUCUUUUCUCUAAUUUUAUGUGCAAGCCUCCAAGGCUAAAUUCCUCAACCUGUAAUAGUUCAGAAGUUGAUUUUUUAUUUGUUGGCGAGGAACUUAACUACUUUGCCCUUGAUUUCGUUUCACCCUUUUCAAAAACUGACCUAAACGGUUGCAAAGAAGCUUGCCAAAGAAACUGCUCAUGCGUUGUGCUGUUCUUCGAGAGCAGUUUGGGAAGUUGCUAUCUUUUUGAUCAGAUAGGAAGUUUGCAACGUGCAGAUCAAGGUGCUGCUGGUUUUACUUCUUAUGUGAAGGUCUUGAAAAGCGGAGGUGAAAGUUUAAAUCCCACAAGAAAGAAAACCAAAGCUGUUCAAAUGCGAAAUAUAAUAAUUGUGGUUAUAGCUGUUGUAACUACACUGGUAAUUUUGGGUCUAACUUAUCUGGGACUAUGGUAUCCCCAGAAAAAGAAAAGGUUACUGGAAUCCACAAAAGAUAAUUUGGAGGAGGAUGAUUUGUUUGAUAGUAUUUCUGGGAUGCUUAACCGCUACAGUUUUGAUGAUCUUUGUAAUGUUACUAAAAACUUCUCAACGAAGCUUGGCCAAGGAGGGUUUGGUUCAGUCUACAAAGGGUUGCUCCCAGAUGGGACUCAAGUAGCUGUGAAAAAAUUGGAGGGCAUUGGGCAAGGGAAGAAAGAGUUUAGAGCUGAAGUUAGCAUUAUAGGGAAUGUCCACCAUGUCCAUUUAGUGAGGCUCAGAGGCUUCUGCGCUGAGGGGGCUUGCCGCCUACUUGUUUAUGAGUACAUGGGAAAAGGAUCUUUGGAUAGAUGGAUUUUCAAUAAUAACAAAGAGGGUCUUAUGUUGGAUUGGGAAAUGAGAUUCAGCAUUGCAUUAGGUACAGCGAAAGGACUGGCUUAUCUCCAUGAAGAGUGUGAUGUCAAGAUCGUCCACUGUGAUAUAAAACCUGAAAAUGUUCUUCUUGAUGAUAAUUACCUUGCCAAAGUUUCAGAUUUUGGCUUGGCUAAGCUAAUGAACCGAGAACAGAGCCUUGCAUUCACGACAUUGAGAGGUACAAGGGGAUACCUUGCACCUGAGUGGAUAACAAACCAUGCUAUUUCAGAGAAGAGUGAUGUGUACAGCUUUGGCAUGCUCUUGCUCGAGAUCAUUGGGGGAAGGAAGAAUUAUGAGCCAAGAGAGAGUUCAGAGAGAGAAUAUUUCCCUUCUUAUGUCUUCAAGAUGAUGGAAGAAGGCGAGCUUAAUAAAGUCCUUGAUUCAAAGUUAAAGAGUGAUGAAAAUGAUGAAAGGAUUAAUGCUGCAAUCAAAGUUGCUUUAUGGUGUAUACAGGAUGAUAUGAAUGCAAGACCACCAAUGACUAAAGUAGUUCAAAUGCUUGAGGGUCUUUGUGCUGUACCGCAGCCACCAACUACCUCUCAAAAGGGUUCUCAUAUUUGCUCUGGUUUGUUCCAAUUAUGUGGAGAAAAGGGUACUCCAUUACAGCCAAUAAAUUAUAAUAGUGAUGUGCUUCUCUCAGAUGUUCAGCUAUCGGGGCCAAGAUGAUAGGCAUGAUUGUUUUGAGAUGGUGAUGUAUUUAAAUGGUUUUGAGCUUCUGAGAAUGAAAAAUCUCAUAUUUAGCCUCUACGCCUUUUUUGAUCGAUAAACCAUUAAUUCCUACAACCUCUCUUUGUAUAUUUUCACUCAAGUCUUAACCUCCUGUCAAAAAAAUUUUAUGUCUUUCUUUUAAGCAUUCUUUGUGAAGUAUCAUGUCUAAUGCUCAUGUUCAGGUUUACAAGAACAAAUAUUCAAAAAUCAUGGGUUUAUAAAUCAUUUGCAAAAA